AUGGCCCCCUCAAAAAACACACCCUCCAUCGCCCUCUUUCUUGCAUUGAACCUUGUUUUGUUCAACAUAGCUUUCGCUCAUGAUUCAUACGUAGCCCGACCUCUAAAAUCAUGCCCUUUAGAUACCCUUAAGUUGAACGUGUGUGCCGAUGUGCUAAAUGUAGUUCACCUUCGUAUUGGGUCUCCUAAAAAGGCCGAAUGUUGUAGCCUUGUUGGUAACCUCAUUAACCUCAAUGCUGCUGCUUGCCUUUGCACUGCUGUUCAUGCCGAUAUCUUAGGACUUGUUCACCUCAACCUUAAAGUUGAUCUUACAGCUCUUGUUAACUAUUGUGAUUGCAAGCUCCCUACUGAUUUCAUCUGCCCUUCUUUCUAA